CAAAAACCCCUGAGAUAAUCCUCUUAAGGCCAGCGAGCCAAUCUCAGAAAGACAAAUGCCCUUUGCUGUUCUCCUUGGUGGUUCCUAGAUGUUAUCGGGUCACGUAGACUCACUCCUGUGCCGUGAAAGUGGAAGUGAAACUGUCUCGAGACCGGGCGACAGGGGAGGCGCGUGACACGCUCAGCAGGCAGUGGGUACAUGUGUAGCACUUUGGACAGGCUCCCCUUAGCCUCAUCGUUUGAGUACCCGAGGCCAGCCUCUUCCUCCCGCCUUCCGUCUCCCGCCUGUGCCCCAGAGCAGGAAGUACAGACGCGUACAAGUGGCAGCUCUCGGUUGCCCUCUGCCUGUCCCCGGCCCAGAGAAGGGGCUUGGGAGCCGGGUGCCCUCGCCCGCCCGGCCCGCCGUGGUCCGCUCCUCCAUGUGAAGACCUCGGGGUCGGUUUCUGAUCAGAAUCUUGCUAUAUAAACCUAACUACCCUGGGGCUGCUAUGUGGACCAAGUAAACUUUGAACUUGUGGCAAUCCCCCUGCUUCUGAAUCUUCAGUGCUGGCCUUAUAGGGGCACCCCUCUCCUACCUCUUGAAAGGAAUGGAUUUCAGCAGCUGCCUUUACGAAAUUGCUGAACACCUGGGCAGUGAUGAACUGGCCGCCCUCAAGUUCCUGUGUUUGGACCACAUCCCGCAGAGGAGGCUGGAGCCCAUCGAGGAUGCCUUGAUGCUAUUUCAGGGACUGCAGGAAAGGGGGCUGUUGGAGGAAGGCAAUCUGUCCUUCCUGAAGGAGCUGCUUUUCCUCAUCAAUCGGCUGGACCUGCUGACCAAAGUCCUAAACACCAGCAAGGAGGAGAUGGUGAGGGAUCUGCGGAUUCUAGACAGAGCCCAGGUUUCUCCCUACAGGGUCAUGCUCUUAAAGCUCUCGGAAGAUGUAGUCUCAUCAGAGUUGAAAGAGAUUAAGUUUUUUUUGGAAGAAAAGCUCCCCAAAUAUAAGCUGCAUGAUAACACGAGCUUGCUUGACAUUUUCGUGGAAAUGGAGAAGAGGCUCAUCCUGUCGGAUGACAACUUGGACGCCCUGAAAUCGAUCUGUUUCCGGGUCAAAAAGAGCCUGCUGGGGAGGAUCAAGGACUAUGAACUAUCAGGCAGAGGGAGAAGCAUGAGCCUCGAGGGAGCGGCCGAGCUGCCGGUGUCCUUUUCGGACGGGGAGAGCUGCUUCAGAAUGUCGGCAGAAAUGUUCGACUCCCUGGGAGAACAAGACAGCCAGCUGCAGGUAUCAGACAAGAUUUACCAAAUGAAGAGCAAACCUCGGGGUUACUGUGUGAUCUUCAACAAUAACGACUUCAGCAAGGCGCGGGAGGACGUGCCCAAACUUCACACGAUAAAGGACAGGAAAGGAACCAACUAUGACAGAGAGGCUUUGACUGAGACCUUUAAGGAGCUUCAUUUUGAGACCGUGUCUUACCAAGACUCCACGGCAAAUGAAAUCCGUGAGGUUCUAAGAUCCUACCAAAGCAAGGACCACAAGGACAGAGACUGCUUCAUCUGCUGCAUCCUCUCCCACGGAGACAAAGGCAUCAUCUACGGCACGGACGGGAAGGAAGCAUCCAUCUAUGAACUGACCUCCUACUUCACUGGUUCAAAGUGCCCUUCCCUGGCUGGAAAACCCAAAAUCUUUUUUAUCCAGGCUUGCCAAGGGGACAGUUACCAGAGAGCUGUGCCUGUCGAGACUGACUCAGAGGGCAAGGACAGUGAUUUAGACAUAGACUCCUUAUCUCAAAAGAGCUAUAUUCCAGAUGAGGCCGACUUUCUGCUGGGGAUGGCUACUGUGAAAAACUGUGUUUCCUACCGAGAUCCCACGCGUGGAACCUGGUACAUCCAGUCCCUGUGCCAGAGCCUGAGGCAAAGAUGUCCCCGAGGCGACGAUAUUCUCAGCAUCCUGACUGGGGUGAACUACGAUGUGAGCAAUAAAGAUGACAGGAAGAACAUGGGGAAGCAGAUGCCUCAGCCCAUCUUCACACUACGGAAGAAGCUUUUCUUCCCUCCUAACUGAUGCUGACAUGGUGUUGUCGUCGAAGCACUUUUUGUUUGGC